AUGAGCUCUGCACCACGUCCACUCAAAACAAGGAACGGUAGCAGAAAAUUCGCUAUUUAUACUCUAGACACGGCACAAGAACCGGUUGCGGCAUGCGGUCACCUCUGCCAUUCAAGUGGUGCCUGCGUUUUCGAUUCGCCACUUUGCCUAUCUCAACGUCUCUGCACUAUUUCAUCUUCGUGUACGUGGCGACCUCUACCGCUGCUCGACUAUGAUACUGAUGAUGGACUGAUGUUGGAAACAAAACCAGAAAAUGUCGCGAAAAGGUCAAGUACGACGGCGAGCGGAGAAACGACGGCUGUUGACCAGCGGUUCGGUGACUUCCAUCUGCAUCAGACUAUUCAUAACACUUCAAUGAAACCAAAUGGGUGA